UCGCGCGUAACCCACUAAAAAAGAAGAAGAAGAUUUACAUCCCCGCGGAAUAAAAUUGGCGACCCGAUUGUCACUUUUUAUCUUACUGCAAGUGGCAAGGGAGGCUAUUCUAUCGGUGACAGCAUAGCAGCAUGGCGGAUAACGUGGCUAAAGAGGUUGCAGAAAUGAACAUUUCAGAGAAGAAUUCCCCUAGACCUAGCCCAGAGUUUAUUGCAUAUCGAGAGCAACUCUGGAAGAAACUGAAGAAGGAGUAUGAUGAUUGGGUGGCAGCCCAGCCCGUUCAGCCAAUCAAGAUCACACUUCCAGAUGGCAAAGUGGUGGAAGCAAAGUCAUGGCGUACUACUCCUUAUGAAGUUGCCAAGGGGAUUAGCCAGGGUUUGGCAGACAAUACAGUGAUAGCCAAAGUGAAUGAUGAGUUGUGGGACUUGGACAGACCUCUCGAGAAAGAUGCUUCUGUGCGCUUUCUGAAGUUUGACGAUUCAGAUGGGCAGUAUGUAUUCUGGCACUCGAGUGCUCACAUCCUUGGAGAAGCCAUGGAACGAGAGUAUGGCGGCCAUCUUUGUUACGGUCCACCAAUCGACAGUGGCUUUUACUACGACAUGUCUUUGGAAGGAAGACAAGUAUCCAGCAAUGACUUCCCCAGCUUAGAAACAUUGUGUAAAGGCAUCGUGAAGGAGAAACAGCCAUUUGAGAGACUGGAGAUGAAGAAAGAGGAUCUACUUAAAAUGUUUGAGUACAAUAAAUUUAAAGUACGAAUUCUCAAUGAAAAGGUCACCACUGACACUACCACUGUAUACAAAUGUGGAACCUUGAUAGAUUUGUGUAGAGGCCCACACGUCAGACACACUGGCAAAGUGAAGGCUUUAGCUCUAACCAAGAAUUCGUCCACUUACUGGGAAGGCAAUUCAGAGGCAGAGAGUCUACAGAGGAUUUAUGGCAUCUCCUUCCCAGACACCAAGCAGCUCAAGGAGUGGAAACAUUUCCAAGAAGAGGCUGCCAAAAGGGACCACAGAAAACUGGGCAAGGAACAGGAACUGUUUUUCUUUCAUGAACUAAGUCCUGGUAGCUGCUUCUUUCUGCCCAAAGGAGCCCACAUAUAUAACAAACUGAUGGACUUCAUUCGGGAAAUUUACCGGAAACGUGGAUUCCAGGAAGUCGUCUCCCCGAACAUCUACAACAGCAAACUGUGGGAAGUGUCAGGGCAUUGGCAGCAUUAUGCGGAUAACAUGUUCAAGUUUGAAGUGGAAAAAGAAGUAUUUGCCUUGAAACCCAUGAACUGUCCUGGGCACUGUCUCAUGUUCGACCACCGGAACCGAUCGUGGCGAGAGUUACCUUUGCGACUGGCUGAUUUUGGUGUCCUACACCGUAACGAGCUGUCUGGGGCUUUGUCUGGUCUGACCAGGGUCCGGCGAUUUCAGCAGGACGACGCCCAUAUAUUCUGUAGACCUGAUCAGCUAAAACAGGAGAUCGCCGGCUGUCUAGACUUCCUGCGGGUUGUGUACGGUGUGUUCGGGUUCAAAUUUGAGCUCAAACUUUCUACCCGGCCAGAGAAAUUCCUGGGAGAAAUCGCCAUGUGGGACAAUGCAGAAAAGCAAUUGGAAGAUAGUCUUAAUGCGUUUGGGGAGAAAUGGGAGCUCAAUCCCCAGGAUGGAGCUUUCUAUGGACCCAAGAUCGACAUUACAAUCCUGGAUGCUCUACGUAGAGCCCAUCAAUGUGCCACCAUUCAACUAGAUUUCCAGCUACCGCUCAGGUUUAAACUGGGAUAUAUCAACGAGCAUGGAGAGAAGGAAACACCUGUGAUCAUACAUCGAGCCAUUCUCGGGUCUGUCGAGAGAAUGAUGGCCAUUUUGUGCGAAAGCUUUGGUGGUAAAUGGCCAUUCUGGAUGUCUCCUCGCCAGUCCUGUGUCAUACCUGUAGCUCCAGCUUUCGAUGACUAUGCGGAAGAGGUGCGUCAACAAAUCCACGAUGCCGGUUUCAUCUGUGAUACGGAGCUGGAUACCGGCACAACCCUCAACAAGAAAGUCCGAAAUGCUCAACUCUCUCAGUACAACUUCAUCUUCGUUGUUGGUGAGAAGGAAGUGAAGAGUAAGACUGCCAACGUUCGUACGAGAGACAACAAAGUUCACGGUGAACACAGCAUUGAGCACAUCAUCAGCCGGUUUGCGAAGUUCGGAGAAACCAGAUGUUUAGAUGCUGAAGAAACCUUUUAAAAGUGCAAAAACGUUUUUCAUCUGGCAGUGUAUGCAGAAAAAAUAGACAUUUUGCUCCAGUGAUAUUUCAAAGUUAAAAGACUAGCUUAAUAAACAUUUUUAUAAUGAGAAAAAUGCAGAUUCAUUUUUUGUGGUUCAAUAUCUUAGUUUCAGUAUUUAGUGCUAAAUCAUUUAGACUGGUUUGGUCAACAGUUUUUUUUUUAUAUGUGACACUUAAGUUGUACCUUCCUAAAUUAGCUCAGCUCCAGGCUUCUCCACUGCUCUUUGAUAAUACAGGCAUCACAAUAAGUCGAGAACAAUCAUUUUAUGUUACCACAUGUCACUGGUACUUCAUUCUCCACAAAAUCAUGUUAAAUGAAAACUACACUACGUAAAAUUUAACAUUAUUUUCAAAUACAGUUUCCAUUCCACUUUGACUUUAAGAGACCGUAGAAAUGUAGCUCGAUUUAUUAUACAUUAACAGGAGAUUAUAUAUUGGCUUAGUUUGGUGCCCUAAUUUUUAUUCGCGCAUGCUAGUUUCUGACCUACGCACAAUGACAUAUUUUAUUAUUGAAACUAUUUAAUAUCCAGUAGAUUUUUUACAUGGUCUUGGGUACUAGGGUGGAUCUUAGGGACUAUGGUGGAGAUAUCUCACCCUGAUUUAAAAGAACCUCAUAUAUAAUACCUACAUGUAUAGUAACAGGUUCUACAAAUUAAAAAUCUUUCAUUGGAGUACCCUAAAAUGUUAAUGGAAUACACAUUUAAAAAUCUUUCAUUGGAGUACCCUAAAAUGUUAAUGGAAUACACAUUAAAAAUCUUUCAUUGGAGUACACUAAAAUGUUAAUGGAAUACACAUUAAAAAUCUUUCAUUGGAGUACACUAAAAUGUUAAUGGAAUACACCUUAAAAAAAAAAAAAAAAAUCUUGUUGCCAGUUUUAGUUUUAUUAAAGCUGCACCAAACUCCCAACUGUUUCCCACUGCAGUUUUCUGUAACUAGAAUUUGUAGUGGCUAAAUCAUGACGGUUUUUAGUGGUUUAUAUCUGAUGGUAAAAUUAAAGGUUUAAUUAUUUUUGACACUGUCAUGUAAUCGAGUUGUUAAUCUCUCGUCUUACAAUAUUGUUUACUAUUUAUUUUACAAUCAUGGUAUAUGUGUGCUUAUACAUUGUCAAAUAUGAUUAAAGUAAUUAUAAACCAA